GAAUACCUGAGGGAGCGGGCAGAGGUGGACACUUUGGUUGCCCAGAUUGCGGAUGAAAACGAGAAGGAGCGCAAGGUCAGAGAAGAGAAGCAGGCUGAAUCCCGCCACUUGUUGCAGAACUUCCUCGUGGAACAGCAGCAGAGGCAACAGCAAAAGUUGGCAGAGGAGCUGGAGGAGAACGAGCGCAUCGAAGCCUAUGCAAGGAUGAAACGCGCGCAGGAAGAAAAACUGGCAGCGGAGAAGGAUGGACUUGGAGGGUCACAUUUGCUGCAUGGUGACAAUGCCGGGGCUUUGGAUGAAGUAUGA